GCGGGAUGCGGUGGCGAGGCCCGGGCCGCGGGGCUGGGAAAGGACACCCCUUUCUCCGCGCUCGCCACUGGCUGUGUGGGCGGCAUAUACUGCUGUCCUUUUCUUGGUGUCCUGAGCGAGGCGGAGGGGAAUAGAUAAAUGAUCAGCCCAGAGUGACCGGCAGGAGCGGGCCGUCUUACUUCACCAGGCCGCAGAGAGCAUGUCUUUCCGAGGCGGAGGUCGCGGAGGCUUUAAUCGCGGUGGUGGAGGUGGAGGCUUCAACCGUGGCGGCGGCAGCAACAACAACAACUUCCGAGGGGGCGGCGGCGGCGGCAAUUUCAGGGGCGGCGGCCGAGGAGGAUUUGGACGAGGGGGCGGUCGUGGAGGCUUUAAUAAGUUCCAAGAUCAAGGGCCUCCAGAACGUGUCGUCUUGUUAGGGGAGUUCAUGCAUCCAUGUGAAGAUGACAUCGUUUGUAAAUGUACCACAGAAGAAAACAAGGUUCCUUACUUCAAUGCUCCUGUUUAUUUAGAAAACAAAGAACAAAUCGGGAAAAUAGACGAGAUAUUUGGACAACUUAGAGAUUUUUAUUUUUCAGUUAAACUGUCAGAAAACAUGAAGGCUUCUUCUUUUAAAAAGUUACAGAAGUUUUAUAUAGAUCCGUAUAAGCUGCUGCCACUGCAGAGGUUUCUGCCUCGUCCUCCUGGCGAGAAAGGACCUCCCAGAGGUGGUGGUGGUGGUGGCAGGGGAGGUCGAGGAGGAGGAAGAGGAGGCGGAGGCCGAGGUGGUGGAAGAGGUGGUGGUUUUAGAGGUGGAAGAGGAGGAGGUGGGGGCUUCAGAGGAGGAAGAGGAGGUGGCGGAUUCCGAGGAAGGGGACAUUAGAUGUCCAGUUGGCAGACCUGACCACUUCUGUUUCCACUAUGUGGCCUGCUUCUGCUGUGGCUGAAGUCGGUCUGGAGCAGUCUUGAGGUUACCAUUCUAUCUGUAGAGCUGAGUCGGCAGCAUCGCAUAGAAACAAGAGGAGCAGGAUGUCAGAUUUGCUCAGGAAGAGGAGAACCCCUGCUUUGAACAGAACCUGGCACUCUGUGGGUGCUCAAAGAACGACAGGACUUUUCACUUGAAGCAUAUUUGGGUUUUUUAAAUAAAAUUUUUUAUUUCCUUACA